CUUCUCAAUUUCGAGAUCAGGGUCCGUGUUUCCUUUGAUCUCUUUCUUCUCGUUUUAGGGUUUUGCUUCGACUAUCCCUUUUCAAACGGAAUCAACACCUCUUCUCUGGUUCUGAAUCUAGGUUUUCUCCUACUCAGUAACCUUUUUAUCUCUUAAUUGUUCUUUUACAUCUGAUAAUGAUGCAACCAACCAACAGUGCUAAUCCCCCUCCUAUGGGUCAGAUUCCGAUGGAUCCACAACAACAGUAUCAGCAUCAAUAUCAACAGUCACAGCCUCCCCAACAAUGGAUGACGAUGCAGGCUGCACACCAGCAACCGCCGCCGCAUCAGUCGUUUCAACCUCAGCAUCCACCCAUGUGGGGUCAGCAACCGCAGCAGGGUUCGAUUCCUCCUCCCCAACAGGUUCAGCAGAUGCAGUCUCAGAUGGCGCAACAACAGCAAUAUGGGGCUGCUGUUUCCCAACAGUCCGCUACUGACGAAGUCAAGUCUCUAUGGAUUGGGGAUUUGCAGUAUUGGAUGGAUGAGAGCUACAUUUGGGGAUGUUUCAUGCACACUGGAGAGAUAACCAAUGUGAAGGUGAUUCGCAACAGGCAAACUACUCAGCCUGAAGGAUAUGGUUUCAUUGAAUUUGCCAAUCGUGCUGCAGCUGAGAAAAUAUUGCAGACAUACAAUGGAACUCAAAUGCCAAAUUCUGAGCAAUUGUUCAGACUGAAUUGGGCCUCCCUUGGUGCAGGUGAAAGGCGUGAUGACACUCCUGAUUUCACAUUAUUCGUCGGGGAUUUAGCUGCAGAUGUUAAUGAUUUUCUGUUACAAGAAACAUUCAAGACUAACUAUUCAUCAGUUAGAGGCGCAAAAGUUGUCACAGAUAGAAUGACUGGACGUUCAAAGGGCUAUGGAUUUGUCAAGUUUGCAGAUGAGAACGAACAAAGGCGAGCCAUGACUGAGAUGAAUGGAGUUCUGUGUUCUACCAGACCCAUGCGAGUUGGUGCUGCUGCCACUAAGAAACCAGCAGGUGGCCAGCAAUACCAGAGAGCUUCUUACCAGACCUCUCAAGGAAGCGAUGGGGAGACUGAUCUGAACAAUACAACCAUAUUUGUUGGUGGACUAGAUGAAAAUGUAUCAGAUGACCAUCUUAGACAAGUGUUUGGACAAUUUGGGGAGUUGGUUCAUGUUAAAAUUCCAGCAGGCAAACGUUGUGGCUUUGUGCAAUUUGCUGAAAGAGCUUGUGCAGAACAAGCCUUGUCAUUGUUGAAUGGUACUCAGAUAGGAAGUCAAAAUGUGAGACUUUCAUGGGGACGUAGUCCUUCAAAUAAGCAGCAGGCACCGUCAUCAGAUCAAAGUCAGUGGAGUGGCGGCGGUGGUGGUGGAGGUGGUGGUGCGUAUUAUGGAUAUGGUCAAGGUGGUGGUGGUGGAUAUGAAGGAUAUGGAUCGUAUGGUCAACAGCCUCAACAAGAUCCUAAUAUGUACUACGGUGGUGGUUAUCCUGGUUAUGGAAACUACCAACAACCACAACAGUGAUCAUCAAUGUGGAUGGAAAUCUAUAAUGCUAGUUGGAUUCUCAUCGAUGGAACUUAGUAAUUAUAGUUGUGUUGUUCUUUAAUUCUUGUUUGGUUUGCUAUCUAUUGAGAUUUUGGAUAAUGCGUGGCUUUUUCUUUCUCUCUCUACUUUGUCAUUUGGUAUGGUAUUUACAAGCAAUCUGAGAAUAAUGAUGAUAUAUGUAUUCUGGAGGUGUUCUCUAUUAUUAUAUAUUUAAAUAAACUUAGAUUGUGUUA